AUGGCUUCCUCAAGCAGGGCUAUUGCCAGCCUCCUGUCCUUAAUGGCUUUGGCAAGCCUACCAAUUACUUCAGCGGUCUCCAUUCCUAUAGCUACUCCCAGUUCUCUACUAAGCGGGGACUAUUUGAGGCCGGACGGCCGCAUUAUUCGCUCCGGCUUUAGACUUGUGAUGCGCGACAGGGACUGCAAGCUCGUUUUGUAUGACCAUUCCUUCCACAAGAUCUGGCAAUCAGAAAACAACGGGGGCGGCAAAGCCUGCAGGGCGGGAUUGGAACAUCAUGGCACACUCAUCAUUCUUAAUCGAAAAAAUGAAAAAGUCUGGAAGAGCGAAAACCGUCAUCAUCAAGGCACGUAUCCAUAUGAGGUCUUCAUCAAUGACAGAAACGCUGCUGUAGAGAUCAGAGACAAAUUUCAUUACAUUAUGUGGUCCUCCAAAGAUCAUAUCAAACCUUAA